AUGCCGACAUUUCACAAAGCCAGCCGGAGGACCCAGCUCAGCCUACAGAGCCCACUGAAGAGGAUUUUACCUAAUCAAAUGGCCUGCUGCCUCUGCCAAUUUAAAAAUGAUAUUGAGGUUAUCUGCAAGACAGUCAAACUGCAUUGUGAUGCUGAAUGUAGGACAAACACAAUACGUUGUGAUGAGGAGGCAUCUCUAGCAGAUGCAGAAGGAGCAUUCAUGAAGGCAUUACAAGCCUGGAAGAAGAAAACCAGCACUGAGCUGACUAUUGAGCUGGAGAAACCAUACUCGGACCAAAAGGGCAUCAGUUUGUCAGCUUUCAUGAAUGAACAGCUCGACUUUAAAGAUGCAACUGAUCAGCUACGGUCUCUCAUCCCCAACAAUGACGUGAGAAGGCUUAUUUCUCAUGUUAUCCAGACUUUGAAAAUGGACUGCUCUGAGCCCCAUGUUCAACUGGCCUGUGCAAAGCUCAUCUCCAGAACAGGCCUCCUGAUGAAGCUUCUCAGUGAGCAGCAGGAAGUAAAGGUGUCCAAGGCAGAGUGGGAUACAGACCAGGGGAAAACUGAGAACUACAUCAAUGAGAGCACAGAAGUCCAGAGUGAACAAAAAGAGCAAGGGUCAAGUGAGAGGAAACUUCCCACCUCUGGGGCCACUGGGAGCCCCCAGGCCUCAUGGGUGCUGGGCCCACUGAGCCGGGACUGGGCCUGUGAGGAUGGUUGGGGCCACAGUGCCACCUGCUGGGGCUUCCAGGAAUGGCAGCUGAAGAGACUGACCCAGAAGCGCUGGUACCUCAGGAGUCCUUUGGCGGAAUGUGGCCGUGGUGGGCGCUGGGAUGGAGGGCGCAGCUGA